AUGAAUUUCCUUAUGUCUCACUUGCGUGGAAUAUUUUAUCCUCCGGGAACAACUCCUUUAAAUUGGAGACUAUUCUCCAUCGUUUUCUUAUCUUCGUUUUGUUCUGCAAUGUCCAUCACCAUAUUGUUUCCAUUUUUACCAGCUAUGGUAAAGAGCUUUGGGAUUUCAGAUGAAGACACAGGAUACUAUGCAGGUGUUAUAGCAUCUUCAAUGUUUAUUGGACGCACUGCAGCUUGUUAUUUUUGGGGAUUAAUGACAGAUAGAUUUGGAAGAAGGCCUGUGAUGAUGAUCUGCCUUACAAUGACCCUGGUUGGCAUGGUUUGCUUUGGUCUGUCUGUCUCUCUCUACAUGGCCUUCAUUACCAGACUAUUUGUUGGACUAUCUGCUGGAAUUGUAGGGACAUGCAAGACAAUUGCUUCAGAAGUCAGUGAUAAUACAAAUCAGGCAAUGGCAAUGUCAAUUAUACUGACAUCUUGGAAUGUGGGACUCAUCAUUGGUCCAGCUAUAGGGGGUUAUCUUGCAGAGCCAUCACAAAAAUAUCCCAGUGUUUUUACAAAAGAUUCACUAUUCGAUAAAUUCCCAUUUUUCCUACCCUGCCUGUUAAAUUGUGCAGCACUCUUACUUACAGUUGUGUUAGCCUACUUCUACCUACCAGAGACUCUUGUUACAAGUGAUGAUGAGACAUCAUCAAGCAGUUCAGAAACUGGUGAAUUGGCCAUGCAAAGCACAGCUUCCAACAGUUUAAUUGAUGAAGAUGAUGAAAAUAGCUGCACAAAAAAAAAUAGUCUGGAAGAAACAGAGGAAGUAGAAAUAUUCAUCAGUGAUGUGAACAAAGAGGACAUUGACAAUGACGGAAACUGUUGUGGUUUUAAGAGUUGCUGUUGUCCAAGAUAUAGAUGUUGUAAAUUCUUCAGAGACAGUAAAAUUGCAGUUUUAUUGAGGGAUCGUGUUGUAACCCUUGCCAUUUGUGUGUAUUGUACACUUUCAUUCGUUGUCAUUGGUUAUGAUGAGUUGUUUUCUUUGUGGGCUGCCACAGGACCUGAACAUGGUGGGCUUGGCUUUUCUACUGACCAGAUAGGCACUGCAUUACUGUGUGUAGCAGGACCUAUGUUAGUUCUUCAGUUAUGGUUAUAUCCAAAGCUUGAAAGGCGUCUUGGAUCAAUCAGGGUUUUUCAAUUGGCAAAUAUUGUCUUGGGAAUCACAAUUACUUCUUUGUCAGCCUUGAACACCCUACAUGACAGGUCAAAAGUUCUCUGGCCAUUGCUGAUUGUUGUUCUCAUUCCACUGAGGAUGGGUAUUGGUUGUGGCUUUAGCUCUACAGGAAUCCUUGUCAACAAUGCGGUACCUGCUUACCUCUUAGGCUCUGCAAAUGGACUUGCGAUGACAGCAAGUUCCAUAUCCAGAACUCUAGCUCCACUUGUUGCUGGAAGUGCGUUUGCUUGGUCGAUAAGUAAGGGCUACAAACACGGAUUCCCUCUUGAUGAACACUUCGCUUUCAUACUGCUUUCCAUCGUGUGUUUCCUGGCUGUUCUGCUGAGCUGUACUCUUCCCAAGAGACUGAACAUGAGACCGUCAGCGCCAGUGAAAGUAUGAAGACAGAAGCCCGCAUUCUCUUUCCCAUCAUUCAGUGUGCACACUGUAAAGAAAAGGGAGGGGCGGCAACACAAUGACAGCACGCUUGGCGCAACGUCAUAUUUAUGCCACUCAGGCAUUCAAGACUACCAGAAUGGAGGUAGCCUUAUCUUUUGGAAGGAGCUGCACGCUGUUUUUAGAGGAAAUGACAGAUGGAUUAGAAGAAGAAAAAUUGAUUGACGUAAAUUACAACUCAGGUUUGAAAACGCUGGGUUAAAGUUUAAAGAUGCACAAACUCCGGGCUCCUUUAAAACUAGAAUAACCUUAAUAGGACUUAAUCAAAAACUCGUCAAUUUUAUGGUCUAUUUUUUAUUGUGGUACUUACAUCUAUUUGUUUGGUGGUGUUCUCGUUCUUGAUGAAAGACGAAUAGAAAAACGGUUAUUUAUAUAUAAAUGCUUGAAUGAAAAAAUUUUAUAAAGCUCGUGUGGUUUGGCGACAAUCAUAUGCAAACUGCUAUUAAUAUAUUACGGAAAUUCGCCCACUAGUUGUCUGAGGUAUUUAAUAUAUUGUUCAGAACUAACGAUAACAUCCAUCUUCAAUCUAUUAAACGCCCGAGAUCUUAAUCUACAGCGUUAUGUUACGCAAGUCUUUGAUAAAGGGCAAUGUGCAGUUGAGAGUCUAAUCCAGGUUUAAAUGAUAUGGAAACUCUCAUUAUCAUUUCAACUAAUCACGUGAUACACUUGUCGUAGUCGUGGUUAACACAAGCGUAUUUCAUGUUUUCAUUGGCUCUUUUAUUGCUUAUUUAUUUUUGUAUUUUUUUUUCAAUCGAAAAUCGUCCUAUUUUGCCGACUUAAUUUGAAUCCAAACAUUCAAGACGUCAAAUAAUUUUAUUAAAAAUAUUUCGUUUGCCAUUAGCUUAUUUGGUAGAAGUUGAUGUACUUACACAUUUACACUUGAAAAAUUGAGCUAAAUUUAAUACAAUUAUAAUUUUAAUUUAUUUAUAAUUUAGCAAAAUAUUUUGACUAUUUUUUAGUAUGCACAUUAGUAUGGAGCACUGAAAUGCUUCUGCUUUUGUCGGUGUGUCUCGUGGUGGGAUCUGAUCUAAAUUUAUCAAUAAGAGAUAAUUAGGAAAUUUUUUUGCUUAAAUUAUCAAAGAGGUAAUAUAUAUUCAAACAAUACUUGAAAUUUCGCGCUAUUUUUUGAAUUUACAUUUCUUGCUGAA